AUGUCGAUGCUUAAAACAAUCUUUGUUACAGCUCUUCUGAUCAUUUGGAUUCAUCCAUAUGUCGGUGCAGUUUGGCCAAAUAGUACUGCAACAUGGGAACAAACUGGAAAGUUGGUGAAGGCUGAUAGUCAAGUACCAUUACGAGCACCGGCUAUUGAUAUUUAUCCGUAUGCUGAAUGGGAACAGAACGGUCUUACUGUAGCGGGAGGAAAUGGAAGAGGCACAGGAAAGAAUCAACUGGAACGCCCACACGGAUUGUUUGUAGAUCAUGAUCAAACUAUCUAUGUCGCUGAUUACUAUAAUAAUCGUAUUGUGGAAUGGAAACUGAACGCGACGAGUGGUCAUGUGGUUGCCGGUGGAAAUGGACAAGGAAAUGGCAAUAAUCAGUUGUACUACCCAUCCGAUGUGAUUGUGGACAAAGAAACAGAUAGUCUCAUCAUCUGUGAUCUCGGGAAUAACAGAAUAGUUCGAUGGCCUCGUGGAAAUGGAAGAACUGGAGAAACAAUCAUCUCAGACAUCUCUUGUUUUGGUUUGACAAUGGAUAACAAUGGAUCUCUCUAUGUCGGUAAUCAUCGAAAAGCUGAAGUUAGACGAUAUGGAAGAGGAUACUCUCAAGGAACAGUGGUUGCAAGUGACAAUGGAUGUGGAAAUGGUCUCAACCGAUAUUGUAGCAUGGGAUACGUAUUCGUCGACCAAGAUCAUUCAGUGUACGUGUCUGAAUGGUACGCUAAUCGUGUGACGAAAUGGGUGGUAGGGGCAAAAGAAGGCAUUGUCGUGGCUGGUGGUGAUCAAGGAGCAGGAAAUAAUCUUGACCAACUAUCAGCACCACAAGGAGUCGUAGUCGAUCGGUCAGGCACUGUAUAUGUGGUUGAUCGAAAUAAUUAUCGAGUUAUGCGUUGGAUGCAAGGAGCUGCAGAAGGAACUGUUAUUGUUAACCGGUUAUCAUUUCCAUUCGGUUUGGCGUUUGAUUUACAGGGCAAUCUCUAUGUCGGCGAUUAUUUAGACGACCGAGUGCAAAAGUUUAAUAUUAAGCAGUUUAUGCCAUUACGAGCACCUGCUAUUGAUAUUGAUCCAUAUGUCAAAUGGGAACAGAAGGGUCUUACUGUAGCUGGAGGGAAUGGACAAGGCACUGGAAAUAAUCAACUAGACCGACCAUGGGGUUUGUUUGUAGACGAUAAUCAAACUAUCUAUGUCGUUGAUUACUGGAAUAGUCGUAUUGUGGAAUGGAAACUUAGCGCAACGAGUGGUCGUGUAGUUGCCGGUGGAAAUGGGCCAGGAUAUGGCAACCAUCAGUUAUACUACCCAAAAGAUGUGAUUGUGGACAAAGAAACAAAUAGUCUCAUCAUCUGCGAUGCCGGAAAUGACAGAGUCGUUCGAUGGCCUCGUCGAAAUGGAAAAACUGGAGAAACGAUCAUUUCAAACAUCAACUGUGAGGCUUUGACAAUGGAUAAGAAUGGAUCUCUCUAUGUCGGUGAUGACAGAAAAGCUAAAGUAAUACGAUAUCGAAGAGGAGAGUUUGAAGGAACAGUGGUUGCAGGUGGCAAUGGGAAGGGAAAUAGUCUCAACCAAGUCUCUGGCGUAGGAUACGUAUUCGUUGACCAAGAUCGUUCAGUGUACGUGUCUGAAUGGGGAAAUAAUCGUGUGACGAAAUGGAUGGUAGGUGCAGAACAAGGCGUUAUCGUAGCUGGUGGUCUUGGAGAAGGAAAUAGUCUUACGCAACUGUCGACACCACGAGGAGUUGUUGUCGAUUCGUCAGGUACCGUCUAUGUAGCUGAUCAAGAGAAUAAUCGAAUCAUGCGUUGGAUGAAAGGAGCUACAAAAGGAACUGUUAUUGUUGGUGGUGAUGGUAUGGGGGCACAACCGAAUCAAUUCUUAUGGCCAAUCGGUUUGGCGUUCGAUUUACAGGGCAAUCUCUAUGUCGCCGAUCAUAACAAUGCCCGAGUAGAAAAAUUCAAUAUUAACCAGUUCGGUAAGUUUUACAUCAAUGAGUCUCAACUUAAUUAG